AUGACAACGCUGCACCAGAUGCACACGUCUUCCAACGAGUCGGUCAACUUUCUCUGUGGCGAGUUCAUCCAGAGUGUUCGCGCCGUGUUUGUGAUGCUGACGCUGACGCCCACCGCAUGUGGGAUCGCAUGGCGUGGGGAUAAGGAGGCUUAG